AAACCCAACCGGAAAUCCCAACCGUCAAAUUCUCUCAGCCGUCAUUUCCGUUCCUUCUGUCGACAUUUCUCGAUUCUCCUCUGCGCAUCUGGUAGGGACUUAGGGAGAUCAACUCUCCGGAAUUCUGUAAGAAAAUCUAAAUUUUCCCGCCAUGAACGGCGGUAGCCAGCCUACUACAUCGACUUCGGACGCUUUCUCCUUCAUAUCUAAAGGAUGGAGGGAGGUCCGGGACUCGGCGGACGCCGAUCUGCAACUCAUGAGAGACAGAGCCAAUAACCUCGCGGCUUCUUUCGACAGGGAGCUUGAGUACCUAAUAAACUCCGCUCCGACUUUUGCGGUUCCGGCGAUUCGGUCGUCGUCGGAAAUGGAUUUCAUGAAGAAACUGCAGCCUAAAAUAUUGGAGUUGCAACCGAAGUUGUCGGAAUUUCGGAGGGUAUGUUCCGCGCCUGAGAUAAGGAGGAAGGUGAUGGAGAAGUGGCGGCCUACCAGAGCGAAGAUAGGGAUAGACUUGUCUGCGAUUAGGAAUGCGAUAGUGGCGGAGGUGGACGAGAGGGAUAUUGAUGGGGAUGGGAUUAUUAGGUUUGAUAGGUUUAGGAAAGGGAGGAGGCUGAUGUUUACGGAGGAGGAGGAGGAGCAGUUUGGGGAUUGGGAGCCAUUUCGAGGGUUGAAGACGAGGUUGAGGGAGUUCGAGAAAAGGAACUCGAUUUCUUCCGUGGAGAUUUUCAGUGGUAUUAAGAAUAGCGAGUUUGUUGAAAAGGUUAAGUCCAGUUUGAAAGCUAUCUGCAAGGAGCCUGAGGAGACAAAGGAUGUACCACCACUGGAUGUACCUGAACUUUUAGCACAUUUGGUUAGGCAGUCUGGACCUUUUUUAGAUCAACUUGGUUUUAGGAGAGAAAUUUGCGACAAAAUAGUGGAGAACUUGUGUAGCAAACGGAAGAAUCAACUUGUAAUGCGAUCCCUGUCUGCUGGAGAACCCCCCAUUAUUGAAGAUGACAAGGUCAUUGAUGAGCUGGAUUUAAGGAUAGCCAGUGUCCUUCAAAGCACAGGGCAUACUUAUGAGGGUGGCUUUUGGACAGACUUCACAAAGCAUGAGCCUAAAUCAGACAAGAAAAGGCAUGUUGCCAUUGUUACAACUGCAAGCCUUCCAUGGAUGACAGGAACUGCUGUAAACCCACUUUUUCGAGCAGCAUACUUAGCAAAGUCUGAAAAACAAAAAGUUACUCUCUUGGUUCCAUGGCUUUGCAAAUCUGACCAAGAACUUGUAUAUCCCAACAAGGUCACUUUCAGUUCACCAGAGGAGCAGGAAAGUUAUAUACGUAACUGGCUUGAGGAAAGGAUUGGUUUUAAGUCUGAUUUUAGGAUUUCAUUUUAUCCUGGAAAGUUUUCGAAAGAAAGGCGGAGCAUAAUUCCCGCUGGAGAUACUUCUCAAUUUAUUCCCUCAAAGGAUGCUGACAUUGCCAUUCUGGAAGAGCCAGAACACCUAAACUGGUAUCACCAUGGUAAACGAUGGACUGAUAAAUUUAACCAUGUUGUUGGUAUUGUGCACACAAACUAUUUGGAAUAUAUCAAAAGGGAAAAGAAUGGGGCACUUCAAGCUUUUCUUGUAAAGCACAUAAAUAAUUGGGUCACUAGAGCAUAUUGUCACAAGGUUCUUCGCCUUUCUGCUGCAACUCAAGAUCUUCCCAAGUCUGUCAUUUGCAAUGUCCAUGGUGUGAAUCCAAAGUUCUUGAAAAUUGGGGAGAAAGUUGCUGCAGAAAGGGAACUUGGGAAUCAAGCCUUCUCUAAAGGAGCUUACUUUUUGGGCAAGAUGGUCUGGGCAAAGGGGUAUAGAGAGUUGAUAGACUUGCUAGCGAGGCACAAGAAUGAUCUAAAUGAUUUCAAGCUGGAUGUAUUUGGAAAUGGUGAGGAUGCACAUGAAGUCCAGACUGCUGCUAAGAGGUUGGACUUGAAUCUUAAUUUUCUAAGAGGAAGAGACCAUGCAGAUGAUUCUCUCCAUGGGUACAAAGUCUUCAUAAAUCCUAGUGUGAGUGAUGUGCUCUGCACUGCAACUGCAGAGGCUCUUGCCAUGGGAAAAUUUGUAGUGUGUGCAGAUCACCCAUCUAAUGAUUUCUUCAGGUCAUUUCCUAACUGUCUAACCUACAAGUCAUCUGAAGACUUUGUUGCCAAGGUGAAGGAAGCAUUGGAAAAUGAACCUCAGCCUCUUACUCCUGAGCAAAGAUAUAACCUUUCAUGGGAAGCUGCCACCCAGAGAUUUAUGGAAUAUUCAGAACUUGACCAUAUCUUGAAUAAUGAAAGUAAUGUCUCAGAAUUGAAGAAACAUAAUGGAAAGGUGGUCGCAGAAUCGGUUUCUAUGCCAAACGUUUCAGAGAUGGUUGAUAGGGGGUUAGCAUUUGCCCACUAUUGCUUCACAGGGAAUGAGUUCCUAAGACUUUGUACUGGUGCUAUACCUGGGACAAGGGAUUACGACAAGCAACACUGCAAAGAUCUUCGUCUCUCACCUCCGCAAGUAGAAAAUCCUAUCUAUGGCUGGUAAUUAGAUAAACAAAUCUCCAUUGGCAAUCCUUCUGUGUGUACCAUUCAUGCACUGUAGGUAGGAGCUGCUUACUAUGGUUGCUUAGCUUAAGAUUUGUCUAUCUGAAAUUUAACAGCACAUCCGAGCACAAGCAUCUAGUAAAAAUUUUGUUUUGCUUCUCCUUACCCCCCUAGUUACAUGUCAAUAGAUAAGUGGUUUAGCAAAUUCAGAAUUAAGGAUAUGAACUUUGAUAAUUUUGAAAUAAGGACACAAACUGUGUUAUUAGCAAUAGAGAUAAUUUAAAUUAAACAGAAAAUUGCAUG